AUGUCCGGCAUGCAAAAUGGCCACAUCGCAAGCGAGGCAGAUGGUGAGAUUCUCAAACACCGCUUCGCCUCCAUGUCCCUCCGUGGCGAGAAUGUUGCUAACGCCAUGAAUGACGAAGACAUUUGCCCUGUUUGCAAGAAUUCCACAUAUCUCCAGAAGAAUCUACGCUUCAAAAUAAAUACCAAAUGCUAUCACCGCAUUUGCGAAGGAUGCGUGGACCGCAUCACUUCUACCCAGAAGAGAUGUCCUAUUGCAGGAUGCACAUUCGCCGCCCGAGGUGUCAUACCGCGACGAGGCGACUACCGAGUACAAACGUUUGAAGACCUAGCUAUAGAGAGAGAAGUUGACAUCCGCAAGAGAGUCAUGGCUAUUCUCAACCGUCGUGAAGAGGAGUUCUACUCGAAACGUGCUUGGGACGAUUUCCUAGAACAGAGAGAGGAGUUGAUCAUGAACCUAGUUCUGAAAACCGACGUCAAGAAGACGGAAGCGACACUCAACAAAUACAAAGAGGCGAACGCAGAUAUCAUCAAGGCAAACGCCGUUCUCGAGCGCAAUGCAGCUGCGCAAUUCGAAAGCUGUCAAAUACUCCAGAAAGAGCAAGCAAAUUUGAGGCGUCAGGCCGCUCAACAAACGUACGAGGACGAUCAAUUUCAUACACUGACUGCUGGAAAGUCACAUACAUUAGGACUAGCUGCUGGAUGUAGGGACGUCAAAGCUGGUGCAAUGGAAGUUACUCAUGAUGAUGGUCCAGUUUCAGAUCCAUCUGGGCUUGUCAAAGGGCUCAGGAAACUUCGCGCACCAUCUCCAGAAAAGGUCUAUGACCCUUUCAUGGGCAUGGCAACCACCAGAGACUAUUAUGAGCUUCGGGCUGAUUAUCCUUCGAUGCGUCUUACGAAAGCAAAGAAUGACACCCGCACUAGAGCCGGAGGUUUCGAUUUCCAGGCAUAUUACGAUGAAAGUCUGCUCCGAGCUUUUGCUGGCCUAGGUUGCUUUGUGGACAAAGAAAAAACUGGACAAGGCCAACCUGCAACGAGGGAGCUGGCGACAGUUGUAGCAGCAGAAUCGUCACCAGGGAGGAUCAGUGAUGAAGUCUUCUAG